UAAUAGAAGAGGCAAUUGUCAUUACUGUUUAAUUAUGAGGAAAUAAAUGUGAGGUGAUAAUUAUACAAUCGCCUGUAUUGUCCCACGUUUGCUAUAAUUAUGAUACAUGCAUUUUAUUUUUUAUAUUAACGAUGAAAGUCGCCAUCUUCGGAUCCUCAUACGUGAAGCGAGCUUCUUAUUUUGCAGACUUUGCCAUGCCAUUUGAAAUAGAGUGGUUCGGUGUUGGUGGAAUGACAGCCUCCCAGCCCUGCCCAAACCUAAUCUUCAAAAUGGCGAGAUACAGCCCGGACAUCGUUGUCGUUUGUUUGGGGGGUAACGACAUUUCCAGUGGAGCAGAGCCGUCUACUGUCAUCGACUGCCUGACAAGCCUCUUCCACAGAAUAAGAGAUUUCGCCCCCCGACAACCCGAUAUUUUCUUCACGGAGAUAGUCUCCAGGGGAAAAUUCCGUUCUUCUCCACAGCGUGAGGAAUUCGACGGCAAGAGGAGAACCGUCAACAAUAAGAUGAAGAAAAUCCUUGGCAGAACCUUCAUCAGAAUAGACGUCAGGUUUCCCAGACACUAUCUACCAGACGAAAUCCAUUUUAACGACGCUGGGACUGUCAUAUUCCUGCUUUCCAUAAGCAAGACAGUAAAAAGUCGCUCCUUGGAGUAGAGAAUAAACGGCCCUUUUAAGGGCCUUUCACAUUUUUCGAAAAGCUACC